AUUUGACGUCAUGCCUCGGGGCGGAGGCGACGGCGUUCCGGGGCUGGUCAGGGGGCUAGUCCGCGUGCCGUGUCGCGGCAGCCGGCUCUGAGGCAGGUCUUUUCCUUCAGGUUUUUGGCUCCAAUCGAGUCCCACGCGGAGAUGGCAGACGAUCUGGGAGACGAGUGGUGGGAGAACCAGCCGGCAGCGACCGCCAGUGUCUCAGAAGCAUCAGAUGGUGAAGAAGGAAGAGAUGCAGAAAUGACACAGCAGGAAACAACUCCAAUUCCUGAGCCAUCAAAGAAAACCAAACAGGUGAUAGCUACCCCUACAGAAUGCUUCUUGAUACAACCAAAGGAAACAAAAGAGGAUGCCCGCAAGGCCAAGAAGAGGAGAAAGAAGAAAAUUACUGAUGUUCUUGCAAAGUCAGAGCCCAAACCAGGGACCCCUGAAGACUUAAGGCAGAUGAUCAAAGACCAUCACAGCAGCAGUCGCUCAGUGAUUGAACUGGAAGAACUGAACCUACCAGACUCCUGUUUCCUCAAGGCCAAUGAUUUAACUCACAGUCUAUCUUCAUAUCUAAAAGAAAUCUGUCCUAAGUGGGUAAAGCUUAGGAAAACCCACAGUGAGAAGAAGUCAGUCUUGAUGCUGAUCAUCUGCAGCUCUGCUGUCCGAGCCCUGGAGCUUAUCAGAUCACUGACAGCAUUCAGAGGAGACACCAAAGUUAUGAAAUUAUUUGCAAAACACAUAAAGGUCCAGGAGCAGGUAAAGUUGCUGGAGAAGCGUGUGGUACACUUAGGUGUGGGAACUCCGGGGAGAAUUAAAGAACUCGUCAAACAAGAUGGCCUUAAUUUGAACCCCUUAAAGUUUCUGGUUUUUGACUGGAACUGGAGAGAUCAGAAGAUGAGGAGAAUGAUGGACAUUCCUGAGAUAAGAAAGGAAGUUUUUGAACUUCUACAUAUAGGAGUACUCAAUCUAUGCAAGUCAGAAUCAUUGAAGCUGGGCCUUUUCUAAGACGUGUCUGGACAAAGAUUCCAGCUGCCAGCACAGUGCAAGCAUGCAGUAAAUAUCCACUGUGAUCUUACAUUAACUGCAUCACCCAGCGGAUCACUGAGACUGUUUGGUGGGUCUCUUUGACAGAUGGGAAUCUGUCCUUUGGCCAAUACCCUCAUAUAAUAAAGAAUCGCUGCCAUGUGGA